UGCUUAUUAAAUCCUUAUCCUCGUUUAUUAAAAAAGAGAAGAAAACAAAUGAACAGAGAUUAAGAGAUAUAGAUGAGCCUAGCUCUGCUUCGUCUCUACGAAGCAUAUACCAGUUCACAUUAAAUAAUUUAUAUAUACCUUAGAUAGUUUCUUUCAGAUUCGCAGAAGUUUUUGCUACCUUCGAUUUCUUCAGGUAAACAAGAAAGGAAGGCAAGUUUGUUUUCUCAAGUUUCCCACUAUUCGUUUCACCUCAAUCCGGUUUACACGAACCGUUUACUGUAUACGUAUCGUUUAACGCACGCUCUCAUUUGAUUAAAAUCGAUCGUUAGUCUGUAUUUUCACCUGAAUGUUACUUACGAUUCUUGUUAGUUCCGAUCCGAUUCGGUUGGUUUUGGUGAAUUGUAUGAGGAUUAACUGUUGAACUUCCGGCUGUUACCUUUUUGUGUGUUGGCUGGAUUUGUAUAUCGAGAGGGAGAAAGAAAUUUGUUGAGUCUAGAACUGGAGUGAUGCUGAUGGUAUCUGGAAAUGGGGACAUUGGGAAUUCAUUUCGCAAUUCAAUGGAAGUUGUCAGGGGUGUGUUUUCCCCCAUAGAGUCCAGUUUAAGGAAAGUGGCCAAGGAUUUUGAGCACUGCUGGCCUGGUUCUCAGGCUUCUGUAGUCGAUUCUAGUGAGGAUGGGAAUAGGUCAGAGCUAAAUGUGAAGAGAAUGAAUGUGGGUGUGAAAAAGAGGAAGAGUUUAGCUGUGAAGGUACCGACCGAGAUGCUUGUGGGGAUUUUUGGGAGUAGUGAUAGAGCUGAAGUUAGGGGUGGGAAGGGGCUGAAAGAGAAACACGGGGAAGGAGAUGGCGGGAAGGGAAACAAGAGUCAAUUUGACUGUUUACAUUUCGCCGUUGCUUGGUCUUUAAUGGUGAAUAAUUUUGCACAGGCUCUUCCGAGCACAUUGAAGGCGGGAAAAAGGCAGGAUGAGAAGAAAAGUAAUAAGGUUGUGGUCGAAACUAAGAAAAACGGAUCAAACUGUAAAGUAUCUCGUUAUGAAGGGGCAAGUCAUGAACAAGGGAAUAACUCAUCACUUGAGGGGUUUAUUGGGUUUAUGUAUGAUCAGGUAGCUCAGAAUCUUCAAAAGAUUGACUCACACUUUCAUGAGAAAGGAUCCAAUCAGCUUGAUCAUCUGAAGGUGCUUAUUAGUGUGUUUGAAGGGAAAAGAGCAGAUUUCAAUGGAUUUUUAGGGAAUUUGAAGUUUGCUAGAGUAGGAGGUUUGCCAACAAGUGUUGUUGGAGUCUCUCCUCACAACGAGGGGGAUGAUGGUGCAGUCAAUGGCGAUGAUCCCCACAUGGAAGGCGGAGGGCAAAAACUGGCCAAUGGAUUGCUGAGCAUUCCCUUAUCGAAUGUGGAACGGCUGAGGUCAACUUUGUCAACGGUUUCGUUGAUGGAACUAGUUGAGUUGUUACCUCAAUUAGGACGACCUUCACAAGACCAUCCUGAUAAGAAGAAACUAAUUUCUGUCCAGGACUUCUUCAGAUACACCGAAGCUGAAGGAAGGAGGUUUUUUGAGGAGCUAGAUGGUGAUGGGGAUGGCCAAGUAACUUUGGAAGAUCUUGAGAUCGCCAUGAGAAAGAGAAAGCUGCCAAAAAGAUAUGCUCGCGAGUUUAUGCGCCGUACAAGAAGUCACUUGUUUUCUAAAUCUUUUGGUUGGAAACAAUUUUUAUCUCUAAUGGAGCAGAAGGAACCAACCAUUCUAAGGGCUUAUACCAGUCUUUGCCUGAGCAAGUCAGGGACACUUCAGAAAAGUGAGAUUUUGGCUUCAUUGAAAAAUGCAGGCCUGCCAUCGAAUGAAGACAAUGCAGUUGCCAUGAUGCGCUUCCUUAAUGCAGAUACAGAGGAGUCCAUCUCUUAUGGGCAUUUCCGGAAUUUCAUGCUUUUGCUUCCUUCAGACAGGCUACAAGAAGAUCCUCGAAGCAUCUGGUUUGAGGCUGCAACUGUAGUUGCUGUUGCGCCACCUGUUGAGAUACCGGCAGGAAGUGUCCUAAAAUCUGCUUUGGCUGGUGGCCUUUCUUGUGCACUCUCUACCUCAUUGUUGUAUCCUGUUGAUACAAUCAAGACAAGAGUACAAGCAUCCAGCCUUACAUUUCCACAAAUCAUUUCAAAGCUCAAUGAAAUUGGAGUGCAAGGAUUGUACCGAGGGUCUAUUCCCGCAAUUGUAGGACAGUUUUCAAGCCAUGGAUUGCGGACUGGAAUUUUUGAAGCAAGCAGGCUUCUUUUGAUAAAAGUGGCCCCCACACUUCCAGACCUACAGGUUCAAUCCAUAGCAUCAUUCUGCAGCACUUUCCUUGGUACAGCAGUGCGUAUACCAUGUGAAGUGUUGAAACAAAGGCUGCAAGCAGGCCUGUUUGACAAUGUGGGGCACGCAAUUGUAGGCACUUGGCAUCAAGAUGGUCUGAGAGGCUUCUUUCGUGGGACUGGCGCCACUCUCUGCCGUGAGAUCCCAUUUUAUGUUGCCGGAAUGGGCCUUUAUGCUGAGUCAAAGAAGGCUGUUCAGAAGGUAUUAGGUAGAGAGCUGGAACCGUGGGAAACGAUUGGGGUAGGGGCAUUAUCAGGCGGCCUUGCUGCGGUGGUGACAACACCGUUUGAUGUGAUGAAGACACGAAUGAUGACGGCCCCUCAAGGGAGACCGUUGUCUCUGUCGUUUGUGGCUCUCUCUAUACUUCGCCAUGAAGGAGUCUUGGGGCUGUUCAAGGGAGCCGUGCCGAGGUUCUUCUGGAUUGCACCCCUCGGUGCUAUGAAUUUCGCUGGCUAUGAGCUUGCUAAGAAGGCUAUGGACAAGACAGCAGAGGACACCGUCGGCGGUGAGCAGCAGCCUCAAGUUGUCAUUUUGAAGAAGUAGUAGUAUGCUUAUUACGGAGCACUUUAUAUCUAUAUAUUUAUCAUCUUAUGAAAUUUUGCUUGUUUAAUGCACAAGGAAAUUGCUGAAAGAUUGUUCAGUAAUCUCUCUCAAAAAAUAGCAGUCAAUAUCACAUCCUAUAUAGUUGGUUGGUGAUGUGUUUAUUGAAGUCUUUGAUUCUCUGAUGAAAGAUCCAAUCUUUUUGGUAGCAAUUGUAAAUUGACAACUACCUGCGUGGAAUCACCCCCACUGUACUCUUUGUCAUUGUAUUUUUGUCCUGUUUUCUGUACAUUCCUAAUGUAUGAACUUUAUUACUCUAGCUUAAACGGAUGGUUUUAAAACCUAAAAUUUUUAGUAGUAGUAGUGCUAUUUUAAGACCGACA